AUAAAUAAAUUUGGUUAGCAUUUCAUCAACUACCCCUCAAAAGCGCUCCAAAUCUCACUUAUCAGUCUCUCCAAUUCAGCGCUUCUAAGGACCGUCCUAUAACUAAUUAAUGGAGAGCACCGAUUCCUCGUCCGCCUCGCAACAGCCCAACCUUCCACCGGGGUUCAGAUUCCAUCCCACCGACGAAGAGCUUGUGGUUCACUACCUCAAGAAAAAGGCCGCCUCUGCUCCUCUUCCCGUACCAAUCGUCGCGGAAGUUGAUCUUUACAAGUUUGAUCCCUGGGAAUUACCGGCGAAGGCGACCUUUGGCGAGCAGGAAUGGUACUUUUUCAGUCCUAGAGACCGGAAGUACCCUAACGGAGUGAGGCCAAACAGGGCAGCAACUUCAGGGUAUUGGAAAGCCACCGGAACUGAUAAGCCUGUAUUAACUUGUGGUGGUACUCAAAAGGUUGGCGUCAAGAAAGCUCUUGUUUUCUAUGGAGGGAAGCCCCCAAAAGGGAUCAAAACCAAUUGGAUCAUGCAUGAAUACAGAUUAGCAGAUAACAAAGUCAGUAACAGGCCCCCAGGAUGUGACUUGGGUAACAAGAAAAAUUCCUUAAGGCUCGAUGAUUGGGUUUUGUGUCGAAUAUACAAGAAAAAUAACACGCAUCGAUCGAUGGAUCAUGAUAAAGACGAUUAUGUGGAGGAUAUGCUUGGAUCAAUACCACAUUCCAUCUCAGUCGGACUCCAACAGAAUGCGAAACUUCAGCUACUAAAAGGCACAAACUAUGGAGCAUUGGUUGAAAAUGAACAGAAUUUGUUCGACGGAAUGUUAAGCAACGAUGCUAUGAACAACACUAACUCUAUCUCUCAGUUCGCCUCUUCAACCUCCAGACCUGCUGAGUUAUCUAUGCUUCCUCUCAAAAGAACUCUCCCAUCUCUGUAUUGGAACGACGACGACGACCUGGCAGGACCUUCAUCAAGCAAGAGAUUACAGGGGGAUAGUGGAGACGGAAGUGUUGUGAGGACUGAUGGGAAUAGUUCCAUAGCCUCUCUGCUUAGCCAGCUCCCACAAACACCUCCACUGCACCAACAGACAAUGUUGGGAUCUACGGGAGACGGGAUUUUUAGGCCAUCAUACCAGCUUUCAGGCCUGAAUUGGUAUUCUUGAGUCUUAAUUCAUAUAAUAUAUAUAUAUAUAUAUACACACAUAUAAAGUGUCUUGAUUUGGCGUAUUCCGUGUAGAAUGGACUUAUAAUUAUCAUUAUGACAUGUUCAUACGUACAGUUACGACUAGUUUAAUUUAUAUGCUUCAGAUUGGGCUUGUUGAGAUUUUGGUUAUUAGUGCUGAGAGCUAGCUAGAGAGUAAUUCAAAUGGUCUCCAGUAUCAUCCAGGGUAACCAUUAGUUGCCAAUUUCAGGUGAGGACAUCGAUACUCUCAGAUAUAUAGGUUCAUAUAUAUGUAUGUAUAAAGGUUCUCUCUUUAUCUCUGUGUGUCUUUCCCUCUCUAUUAUAUGUAUGUAUAGUUUUGUAACAUAUACAUGGUUGUUAUAGUUAGGCAGGCAAAAGGAAAAACUGAGAUCAUCGUCUUCAUGUAGAAAAAUAAAAUCGAUAAAUGAAGCAUUUUGAUUUUGGUACA